AUGGAUGAAAAAGAAACCAGAAAUGAGAUGCCACCGAACAGGCUAAGCGCCGACAUGGAAAAGACAUCUUCCGACGACGCUGAUAACGAAAAGAUAUAUCCUCCAAAGAAAGUCGUCCUACCAACAAUGCUAGCUCUCUUCCUCGUAUUCUUCCUCGUCGCACUGGACCGCACAAUCAUCGGCACAGCAAUCCCCACCAUCUCUGCCGAGUUCGAUAGCUUCGGCGACAUCGCGUGGUACGAAUCCGCCUUCCUCCUUCCCCUCUGCGUCUUCCAGCUCUCCUUCGGUCUCGUCUUUAAAUACUACUCCACUAAAUGGGUUUUGUUCAUUUUAACCGCCAUAUUCGAAAUUGGAUCGAUUGUUUGUGCAGCUGCACCUAACUCGAAUGCUUUAAUCGUUGGACGAGCUAUCACUGGAAUUGGCGGUGCGGGUAUCGGCUCUGGUGUUUUUAUUUACAUCACGCUGCUUUUUCCGUUGGAGGAGAGGCCGAAAUAUCUUGGUUCCCUUGGUUCUGCGUUUGGAAUCUCGUCGAUCCUGGGGCCGAUUCUUGGGGGUUAUCUUACCUCUGUUACAUGGCGGUGGUGCUUUUGGAUCAACGUUCCUAUCGGUGGACUCUCACUCAUUCUUCUGUGCAUUUUGGCGCCGAACCGACCACCACCAAGCCAACCAGCGAACUCAUGGCGUCAGAGAUUACUCGAUCUCGAUCCACUGGGUUUUCUCAUGGUUGCUGGAUCAGUCGUCAGUCUUCUCUUCGCACUCGAGUUUGGCAAAGAAAACCAAGAAUGGACAAGCGGACGAGUCAUCGCUCUCUUUGUCGUCUUUGGUGUCUUAUUCCUUAUCUUCGCAGGCUACCAAGCUUGGAGGAAAGAAAAGGCAACAGUACCCCCACGAAUUCUUUUCCAGCGGACCACAUUCUUUGCCUGUCUGAACGCUCUGGCCAUUGGUUCUGUACUGGUUAUCUACUCCUUUUACCUUCCAGUUUGGUUCCAAGUGGUCAAGGGCAAAUCGCCGCAAGAUUCAGGUAUUGCUUUGAUACCGCUACUACUUAGCAAUGUGUUCUGUGUUAUUCUUGGCGGUAUUUUGGUUAGCAAGAUUGGAUAUUACACGCCGUUUGCUAUCGCUGGAUCUGCUGUGCUUAUUGUUGGCUCGGCAUUGAUAAGUACUUGGACUGCGGAUGUCAGCAAGGCCAAAUGGAUUGGCUAUCAGAUUAUCACUGGAGCGGGCAUGGGUUUGACGCUGCAACAGCCUGCCAUUGCCAUUCAGACCGUCCUCCCGGAAAGCGACAGCCCAAUUGGCCUUUCUAUCUUGAACUUUCUCAUUUUCCUCGGCGGAACAGUUUUUGUCACCGUGUCGCAGACUUUACUCGAAGGGCAACUGGAGAGCAGAAUUGCAAAAUAUAUCCCCGGAGUGGACAUCAAUACGCUUGCAAACAGUGGUGCAACAAAUCUUUGGAAUCUUGUUCCUUCUGACAAGGUUGACCUGGUGUUGAAGGCGUAUAACGAUUCGAUGAGGUCAAUCUGGUAUCUUGGCUUGGGAAUGGGAUGUUUCGCUCUGAUUACGUCUUUCGGAUUUGAGUGGAAGAACGUCAAGGCGAAGAAGACGACCGGGGCAACUGCAGCUGCAUAG